CCUGAUUCCCGAUUACAUAAUUUUAGCCUAUCAAAAUGUUUUGCCGUCUUGCAAAACCAAAUGACAUACGGACAAUUUUACAGAAAUCAUUUUCUAUAUCAUCUCAGGUGAAAAAUAAUCACAAUCAUUCCCAUCAUCAACAUCCUGUCCACCAUCCACCACAUAAAGUCACAGUACUGGGAGCAGGUGGUGCUGUAUCUCAACCAUUGUCUCUUCUACUGAAAAGUUCCUCCAAAGUCGGCAAGCUAUGUUUGUACGAUAUUGAUCACACACCAGGUGUUGCUGCAGACUUGAGUCACAUAGAUACAAAAACUGUUGUAACUGGUUACCUAGGCACUGAACAGCUGGGGCCCUGUCUUACAAAAUCUGAUGUUGUACUAAUAACAGCAGGAAUCCCUAGAAAACCAGGUAUGACUGAGGAUGAACAGUUCAACACAAAUGCUGGAAUUGUCAGAGAUUUAGUGUCAGCCAUUGGAGAUUUCUGUCCAAAAGCAAUGAUCUGUAUCAUUACCAACCCUGUAAAUUCAACAUUGCCUCUUGCUGCUGAAGUUUUAAAGAAGAAGGGUGUAUUUGAUGAGAGACGUUUGUUUGGAAUAACAUCAUUAAACUUAACCAGGGCAAAAGCAUUUGUGGCAGAAGCAGUGGGAUGCAAUGUCGCCAAACUAGUGGUACCAGUUGUCGGAGGAAAUAGUGGUAUUACUAUUGUACCUUUAAUAUCACAAACUAUACCUCCUGUAGAUUUAUCACAGGAAAGCAGAAAGAAAAUAAUACAUAAACUACAAACUGCGGAUACAGAGAUUUUAGAGACAAAGGCUGGGACUGGUUCAGCAACUUUGUCUAUGGCACAUGCUGCCUCCAAGUUUACACUUUCCCUGUUAGCAGCUAUAGAUGGAGAGGAGGGACAGGUAGAAAGUGCAUAUGUAAAGUCAGAUGAAACAACAGCAGCUUACCUGUCAACACCACUGUUACUAGGGGAUGAAGGAAUAGUAAAAAAUCUUGGUUUGUCGAAUUUGGAUGAGUUUGAGACAGAACUGGUGAAGGCAGCCAUACCUGAAUUAACCAGAAAUAUUCAGAAAGGAAUAGAUUAUGCUAAUAAAUCAUAAUUGAACCAAAUAGAAUACUGUUUAAUGUAUGAUAUAUCAUAACUAUGCAGUGGUUGUGCCUUAUUGUGCCAUUAUCUGUGAUGUUUUUUCGGUAAACAAAAUAUAUUCACUUAUGCUUUUUUUUUUAAGAUGUACAGUUGGGAAAGUUAUUUAAUUUUAUAAAUAAACUGAAUUAGCCAUAAUCAUUAGUAAAUAAACUGAAUUAGCAAUAAUCAGAGUAGAUAUGAAAAUGAUAAAGUUUACAGGAUCAAGUAGUCCUAUCUCCCAAAAUUUUGACUGGGCUAUCAGAUUUUUCAGGGACAAAAUUUUGAAAUGAGAUUUUUAGUUCAUUUCAUAAAGCAGGUAUUAUAAAAGAUUUUUCAGGGAUUAUUAUAUGUAGCUGACUACCACUGGAAAAGUUUUAUGCUGGGUUGCUCUAAACAACGAAUUAUUUUAUUGUUUCUAAGGAAUACUUUACUUCCUAAAACAUAAUUGACACUUAUAACUAGGUAAAUAAAUACUUGCAACUGCUGGUAUAUUUAAGGACUUGACAAUGUCAAAAGUUUCCUGUGCAAUAUUCCAAAUGAAUUCAGACACUUUUUUUUAUUUAUAAUUUGUAAAUACACACAGAUUCUUCUUUCCCUCUGACUAAAAUCUGGCAAAUUUCAUCAAAAUGAUAAAGGAAACUGUGAUGUAUUUAAGAGCAAAUAAGUAUUUAAUUGGUUUUUCUAAAAUAUUGUAAGGUGUACAUGUUGUCUACUUUCAAUGUACUAUUCAAUUAUACUUCAAUUGAAUUUUCAUUGCUGUCCUCUUUUGUUGAUGGUUUAUACAUGAGACCUCUCCAACUUCAAAUCAUCGAACUCUGGACCAUAAAUAUGACAACUGUAAUUAAUCUUUAUAACAUUUACUGUGAUAUCAUUUAACUAUGUGGAAGAUACAUGUAGAAUUUAACGUUUAUCAUUUGCUUCCAACAAAACAACUAAAAAGUAGUAUUAUAUGUUUUUGCAUAUAUAAAUAAUCCAUGAAUAAUAAUGAAUUAUGCAAUCCAAGAACAGCUACAGAAGUAUCGUAUAUUUUGUACUUUUACUUUCAUUGUGACAUAUUUAUCGAGUCAAGAUAGUGCAAAAUCUAAAUAUAAACACUAUCUGAUAACUUUCAGGUUGGUCUUUUUUUCAAGAAGUUUUUUUGGUGCAUUUAUUUGAUUUCAUGUUUUUGUAACACAUUUUGUAUCAUGACAGCUACUUUACCUCUUAUACAGUGAUUUACUUUGUUUUAUUAUUGUUUAUACUUAUUCAAUCCAUGUUGUAUCAAAUACUGGUAUAAAAUAUCUUGAUUUAUAUAUUUAAACAAGAUAUGUAAUCAGAUUUUUGUUUUUGUGGUGCAUUUAGCAUUGAUAUGUGUCUUGAAACCUUUUAAAAAGGGGAACUUGGUGAGUGGAAAGGGGGAUGGGGAGCUCAUUUGCAAAAAAUUAACUGCAAUCAAUGUGAAUGUGGUUCGAAAUAAAUGUGGAAAAACAUGAAAGUAAGACAGCAGAAAAUUGGGGAUAAAAUUGGAGCAAAAAUGUCAUUGUAUUCUAUAUUCUAAUCAUGAAGAAAAGUGGUAAUUGAUGUAUAUUAGAUUUUUUAAGUGAUCUGUUUCUUCAAAUAAAGGUUUUGUUUGGACUAAUUUUAAAGAUUAUAGUUCUAUACAUUUCUGAAUAAGUGCCAAAAACAAUGGACCUUUUUUUUGCAGAGUGGUGCAUUUAUUUUAUUUGUUAUAGUACCACUAAAAUUAGUCUUUAGUGAUGUAUACAUUGAGAAAAUCAAAAAUACCUGUCUUUUAAUGCCUAAAUUUUUGCAAACAUUUUGUCUCAAUAUUUUUUUUAUAUCAUUAAUAAUUUUACAAAACAAUUCCUUUUCUAAUGCCUUUAUAUGAUCUACUGGUAUAUGCUUUUGAAAAAAAAAACAUCCAUCAUUAUUCUCUGCCAAACAAUUCUUUAAAAGACAGUUUUUGACUGAAUAGAUUUUGUCAGAACAUGUGUUAACUUUGAACAUACCGGUAGUUCAGGUGUACAUUUGGUAUUCACUUCUGUUUGUAAAAUAAGCAUGUGUUAUAAGAUCUAGAGAAGGUCUCAUGAUUUAUAUUGCAUAAUUCUUCAGUUUUAGUUUUAAACUAAAAAAAAUUACCAACCAUGCAACCCCCACCAUUUCUUUUGAGCCUGCACUCCUGUUGUUAAGGUGGUAUGGGUUCGACUGCAAAAUAGCAGAACACAAUAGGUUUAGAUUUUUAAUUAAGUCAACAAAUUUCAAUGCAGGGCUACAAUCUAAUAAAGAUGAAUUUUCAUUUAAAUGCACAAAUUUAUGUGAUUUAUAGUUAUAAUAAAUCGUUGUUUUUUUUACAAAAGUGGAAUAUUUUUGCCCGAUUUAAAUUUUUUUAAUGUCGCACAUUAAGGGGAGGUAACUCAGAAAUAGUACACUUUAAAAUGGAAUCUUAUAAGAAAUAUUUCUGUUUUUUGUUAUAGUGGGAAAAACAUAUGGUGACCCCAUUUUUGUGGAGCCUGCGAAUUUUAUUUUGCGAAAGGGAGACAUACAGAUCCAACAUUUAGGUUCAGUCUGUGUAAAAGUUGUUUUAGACAUCAAUAACUUUGUCAAACGUACAUGGAAUUUUUAUGAAAUUUGGACAGAAGCUUGGUUGUUACCAAAAGACAGUAAUCAGAGAAAAAUUAUGAAAAUAUAUUUUUCAUUUUUCUGUAUUUUACUGAUAAAUGGAUUUAGUUAAUUUUACAUUUAACAAAAAGAUACAGUCUGGGGUUAAAGUUUUUUUACAUAUCAAUUUCUUUAUCAAACCUUCAUAGAACUUUAUGAAACUUUGGGAGAAGCUUUUUAAUGAUUAAGAGAUACUGUUUGAAGCAAAAUUUUGAAAAUAUAUUGUUUUUAUUUUGAGUAUUUUCUGAUAGAUGGACUUAGUUUUCUACAGUUUACAUUUACAGACAGUCUGGGAUUAAACUUUUCACAUGAUAAAUUUGUAAACUUUCAUGGAUUGUUAUGACACCUGGAUAGAUGAUAAUCUUCAAGACCAUGAAAUAGCAUCUAAAGAAAAAGUUUGCAUUUUCUUUUAAACUCUGUAAAUUUACUGAUAAAUGGACUCACUUUUUAAGUCAAAAUUACAUUUUUACACGGACAGUAGCAAUCGCAGGUUAGACACAGGGUGUCACAGAACCCCUCAUGAAUUUUUUCUUUUAAUAUUCUGAAAGCAUAUUAGAACUAUCGUUUAGGUUUUCUUCAAUUCUUCACAUUUUAUGCUUUUUUUCAUUAUAAUCCAUACAAAAUGUGUCAUUUUGUCACCAUCUGUAGCUUGAAAACAAACACAUGGCACUUUUAUUAUAUCGUUGAACAUAUCACAAUAUAUACUACAUUUGACAAAGUAUUUUUAUACUCCCUUUCCACCUUAAGCAGAUUUUUUAUGCAUACAGUGAUUGGUUUUAGCCUUUAUCCAAUCAUUGCAGUUUAUAUAAUGACCAACAUUUAAAAACUAAUAUCAAUGUCCUUUUAUUUUAUUAGGCUCAAGAGACAGUUAGGUGUAUGAGACCACAUUUGUAAGUUAGGUGUAUGAGACCACAUUUGUAGUCAUAGAUUCUGUAUGUUUUGCAUAUCAAAAUACUUUAAGAUAUUGAUGAAAAUUGAUUUAAAUAAAAUUUUCAAGGCUAUAUACAAGUAAUGUUGUCAUAAUGGCAUCAUUAGUAUCAAACUAGUACAAUAAAAUUAGACACAUCUGACCAACUAAAAUACUUUUUCCUGUAAAAUGGUUCUGUAAUUACAAAAUGGAACUUUUCCCAUUUGGAGACAUUCUCUUUUUAUAAUCAUAGACUGUUUUUGAAUUUCAUUUGCCUGAAAGAAUGAUGUUUUAAUCAUUUGUUGUUUUGUGCUGCAUUUGUCAGGGUAAAUUUAAAGCUACUUGAUGGAAGAAAUAUUGUUUCUGAUUUUGCUCAAAUGAUUGAAAAAAAUGUAUACCAAAAAACUAUUUUCUCCAUAAUAGUUUGUUAUUGUGAAAGUGAAUGAUUAUUGAAAGAAAUAUUUAUUUUCUAUUAUAUAGGCAAUUAUUGGUGCAAGAAGUAUUUAUAUAUUUUAUUAUUUUAUAAAGUGGUGAUAUUAGUAUUUUUGGGAAUGGACUGCCAUAUUAAAUAUGGUUUUUGUA